AUGUCUUUGUGUCAUGGCGUGAUGCCCAUGACCGUGGACGAUACCUUUGCAUUGGUGCCACACCACACAAUCUUCAGCCCAAUCGCUUCGUUGCCAUUUCCGUUCGUUUGGAACUUGGUGACGGCUCAUUUGUUCGAAGCCAGCAUGCUUCGUGGCGUAGCUAUGACGCUUGCAAUUGUUUGGAUGGUUCAGAGGCUGGAACGACUUUGGCAUGGAGCUCGGUCUUUUCCACCGGUAAACUCGGACCGUUUUGGGCCCAAGCCCCGUGAGAUGGACCGAGUACGAUUUUUGCUGCACCAAGCUGCUCCCACGGGUCGCAUCCAAUCGUCAACGCUGUUGCAGUUACUGCAGGGCCUCCAAGCAGGAGACACCGAUGACGAGCUUUUGCGCGUGGUCCUUGAUGGGUCCAGUGUGGACUUGCAGGAGUUCUUGCGAGGCACAGGGGCAUCGGCGUCAACAGAAUUGCGGAUAUGGCUGGGCUUCGUGAAGCUGGACGACAAGAUACCAACUGUACAUUCCAUAGAGCGGCUACUUUUUACAGGGGAAGGAGGAACUGCAGAUGAAGCUGAUGUCCUGGCUCUUUUCCUCACGGACUUGUUCAUCCACCCCAGCAGCAUGAAUGGUUUGCGAAGUCUGUUGAGGAAUGCCAUGGGAGCAGACCGCGCUUCGGAGUAUGUUUUCAAUGAGGAUGACCCAGCUUUGCUGAUACGUCAGAUUCCGGCGCAGUUAGUCAAGGCUGACGAGGAUGGGCUACGCCACGUCUCCAUGCAUGUAGCCGUGAAGUGCAAGUACGUACGAGACUUUGACAACGAUGCUUCCAUCAAUCACCACGACUGCUUCCCAGAGACGCUAUCGCUUACCUGCAAGUCUGCCCGGAAGAACGAGUUCGAGCCUUCCUUCAAGGCAAUUCUGAAGCAGGAAGUCUUGCUGCAUGUCGAUGGCAGCGACGUGGAUCUGAUGCUGUUGGGCGCGAAUCUCGACACAGACGACGAGUCAAAGCUCGGACAGUUGCAAGCUUUGGAACGCAUGCUGAAUGUCUCGAAGCGUGGCAGUCAGAAGUUUGCAGCAUUGAUUUGGGGAGACUUCAACAAUCGAUUGGUUGCAUUCGAGGAUAUGAAAGGCUAUGUAUCAGAGAAGAAGGGGAAGUUCGAACUAACUGAAAGCGGCGCGCGCUUUCUUGUAGACUGCUUUACUGAUCCGGCCAAGCGCUUGGAGCUUUUGAAGAAAGACUCCUUGACGUAUUCCGGGCGUGACAUAGCCGGCCAGCAGUGCGAAGUUUCCCCUGCGCAUGGUAAGCUGCUGCAGAUGUUUCACAUGACUGCGGACCUUGCCUCAACACGGAAUCCUAGAUUCUCUUUCCACAUCCCAAUGCCUUCAUACAAGCACACACCGCUGGAGACAGUACUGUCGGAUGCAUUUAAGCAUCGCAUGAGGUUGGAGGAGGUGGUUUGUUUGGACUCACUCCAGUACGUGAAUAUGGACCUGUUGAUGAAUGAUGUUCGAGGCACCUAUUUCGGUUGGGCGGAUGGGCAUGCCUUUCAGCAUGGCAUAGCUGAAGACGACGGCUGCACCAACUUGUACUUGCAGCUUGGGUGGCCGGACGGAGUUGGCUUGAGCAAAAGCAAUACGAUUUCUGGGGAUAUUGUACAUUGGCAAAGUGAAUGGAAGUUGCGGGCCCAGUAUCACCUCCCCAUGCGCUCUAUGGUGAUGCUGCACGUCGGACAAGGCACAACGCUUAAGGUCUGGCUUGGGUUCGUUAAAGUAAACCGGAAGCUCCCUACCAUCGACUCGCUUCACGAGCUGCUUUACGGUGACAUGGCUUGCUCUGUUCUGAAAUGCGAUGUGAUAGCUUUGUAUUUGACUGAUGUUUGCAUAGCUCCAGACGAUGUCCAGAACUUUCGCUGCUUGCUCAGACGAGCCAUGAAGACAUCUGAAGCCAACGAGUAUGUGUUCAAUGAGGAUGAUCCAUCACUCCUGAUUCGGCAGAUACCUGCGCAGCUCGUAAAGAGUGCCGGUGAUGGGCUACGCUACGUCUCAAUGCAUGUUGCUGUUAGUCGUCGACUGGUCAAAGAGAGUAAAAGUGAUUCUUCCAUCAAUCACCACGACUGCUUCCCAGAGACGCUAUCGCUUACCUGCAAGUCUGCGCGGAAGAACGAGUUCGAGCCCUCCUUCAAGGCAAUUCUGAAGCAGGAAGUCUUGCUGCAUGUCGAUGGCAGCGACGUGGAUCUGAUGCUGUUGGGCGCGAAUCUCGACACAAACGACGAGUCAAAGCUCGGACAGUUGCAAGCUUUGGAACGCAUGCUGAAUGUCUCGAAGCGUGGCAGUCAGAAGUUUGCAGCAUUGAUUUGGGGAGACUUCAACAAUCGAUUGGUUGCAUUCGAGGAUAUGAAAGGCUAUGUAUCAGAGAAGAAGGGGAAGUUCGAACUAACUGAAAGCGGCGCGCGCUUUCUUGUAGACUGCUUUACUGAUCCGGCCAAGCGCUUGGAGCUUUUGAAGAAAGACUCCUUGACGUAUUCCGGGCGUGACCUUCGGGGGCAGAUAUACACUCUUUCCGAAUGUAGCUCGAAAAUGAAAGACAUGUUUUGGUUAACGAUCGAUGCCGCCGUGGACUCCCGGCUUGAAGUCCCGUGGCCAUUCUACAGAGUCGAGCCCUUUGAGGCCAUGCUGGGAGCACAGCUAGGUUGCCGGUUGACCCUGCUGGAUCUCGUCUCCUUCAGCCGACUGGGCGAUGUUUCGCAGCAUUGGGCUGGCAGGAGAGGAGGUUCAGCUUUAAAUGACGGGGGCGGCGCAGAGGUAUUGCACACGGAGCUGCUCUCGGCAUACUUUAAUUGGAAGGAGGAUGGCAAGUGGCUUCAGCGAAAAAUUAAAACGGAAGCUUCCGACAAAGAUUCGGGGCGACAUUUUUUCCAGUUUGGAUGGCUGGACAGUGUUGGCUGGUAUAAGCACAGCACUGUGCAGAUUGCUUUGGCCUCCUAUGAGACCGUGCCUGACAUUCAAGCUUACGACCAUCUGCCCAUGAUCGCGACAAUGAAAGUCACUGCGUGA